GGUGAAUUUUUUAGAACACACUUCGCCAACGCAAUGGUUAAUUUUCGCUACAUAUUUGCAACGGCUGUCAUCGUUUUUGGAUCAUCUUUCCAAUUUGGCUUUCAGACUGGCGUCAUAAAUAGUCCCCUCCCUCUAAUCGAGAUUUUCAUCUCAAAUGUCACUAAAAGUAGAACUGGUCAUUCCGAUCAAAAAUUCGUUACUGCAAUGAGCAGUCUCAUUGUUGCCGGAUUUCCUGUCGGAGGAGUUUUUGGCGCCAUAUUCGGUGGUUCAGUCUCAAACAAAAUGGGACGGAAACUGGCUCUUUUUAUUUUCAAUGUACCCAUGGUUAUUGGAUCCCUUCUCAUGAUGGCAAGUCAAGCAGCUUUUACCUUUGAGAUGAUUAUAGUGGGAAGAGUGCUUGUUGGAUUUGCCUGCGGUGCUUUUACUGGUAUUGCCCCUGUAUAUCUUGCUGAGAUUGCUCCAAUAAGCAUCCGUGGUGUGUCAGGCAUUAUGCACCAGCUGGCCGUUGUUAGCGCCAUUCUCAUAUCCCAGAUUCUUGGGUUACGAGAGUUAAUGGGAACAUCUAACCUCUGGCCAUAUCUUCUUGGUUUGACACUCAUACCGUCUGUUGUCUUAUUGCUCUUCUUGUGGGUUUGCCCAGACAGUCCUCGUUAUAUCUUACUGAAUAGUCAGGAUACGGAGAGUGCUAAAUCCGCUCUUCGUUGGUACCGAAGUAACCCUGAUAAUAUUGACGCGGAAAUUGAAGAACUCUUGGCAGAACAGAAGAAUCGAGGUGAAAAUUGUGCUGUAAAUUCCCCACUUUUCUUUAAGUCCAAAUAUAAAUUUGCAUUGAAAGACCUAUUUCACGUCAAGGCUUUGAGGUUGGCUCUCUUCGUUGCAGUUGUUGCCCACUUGGCCCAGCAGUUUUCAGGAAUCAAUGCUGCCUUAUUUUACUCGACGUCAUUGUUUGAGUCCAUCGGACUUGGGUCGCAAUCAGCAUACGCAACUUUAGGUGUUGGAGGGAUGAUGGUCGUAAUUACUGUGGUCUCCAUUUUUCUCAUUGAACGUACGGGUCGGAGAAUCCUUCUCCUGGCGGGUCUCAGCGUGAUGCUGGCGAGCGCCGUAGUCAUCACCAUCGCCUUGGCCCUGCGAGAUCGCGCCUCAGGCCUAGUUUUUUUGGCUCUAACUUUCAUCUACAUUUUUGUAGGUGGUUUUGCAAUUGGGCCGGGUUCAAUUCCGUGGUUUUUGGUUGGUGAAAUGUUUGUGCAGGAGACUCGCGACCCGGCUACCGUGUUAACCGUUAUCGUCAACUGGGUCGCUCAAAUUAUUAUCAGUUUAGGAUACCCGCCACUUUUGACUUAUCUGGGGAACUUCUCGUUUGUACCCUUUAUUGGUCUACUGGCUGUCUUCAUCGGUCUGCUCUACUCUUACCUGCCUGAAACAAGAGGCCGCACCCCUCGUGACAUCCAGGAUGAAUUUAUUCAGGUGACUGGUGGCAAAGCGGAUGACGCAACUCUUGGGUCCUAUACUCGAUCGUUCAAUAGUGAUAGUGUUUUGUAA